AGGUGGACUGGCAGAUCUGCACAAAUAUCUCGCCAUUUCCAGCCAAUUUUGAAGAAGAGUGAGGUGAAAAGGUCAGGGGUCAUGAGUCACUUCAUUGGAGAUUGAUGCUGUAACCCUAUAAUGUGGAGCUCUUAAAAUGGGGACAUUGUUUCACACUUUGUGUCUCGUACAGCGUUGGUUGCCCUCAGGACAUGCAUUUCCUGAAACUGUGACUUUCUAAUCCUUUGGCUACCUCUCCCUUUUUUAAGUGCUAAUCUCUUUCCUUUUUGCUCUCAAAUCAAAGUAAAUCCAAUCCUUACUCAGAAGAAAAUGGCCACCAGAGGAUCCAGCCUCUCUAAAUCCUCUUCCCAUGCCCGCUCAUUCAUGAUUCUUGCCCUAUUUUUCCUCCCACAACUAACAUUAGUGAGGGGCGACUGCUGGCUUAUCGAGGGUGAUAAAGGAUACGUGUGGUUGGCGAUCUGCAGCCAGAACCAACCACCAUACGAAACAAUCCCACAGCACAUUAACAACACUGUGCACGAUCUGCGUUUGAACGAGAACAAGCUGAAAGCCAUCUUUUUCAGCUCCAUGAGUCGUUUCACCAACCUCACCGAUCUCAAUCUCACCAAGAACGAGAUCUCCUACAUUGAGGAUGGUGCCUUUGCGGGACAAGCUAACCUUCAAGUGCUACAACUGGGCUACAACAAGCUAACAAACCUUACAGAAGGCAUGCUGAGAGGCCUGGGAAGAAUGCAGUGCUUGUUUUUGCAACACAACCUCAUUGAGGUGAUUGCUACCAAUGCUUUCUGGGAGAGUCCCAGUCUGAGCAGCCUUGACUUGUCCUCCAACAAGCUGGCCAGGCUGGACCAGUCCAGCUUCACAGUUCUUGGACAUCUAAUGGUGUGUGAGCUGGCGGGGAAUCCUUUUCACUGUGGCUGUGAGCUGUACAGCUUCCUAAACUGGCUGGACGCAUUUAAUAAUGUCACCCACACCUACGACAGGCUGCAAUGUGAAACCCCAAAGGAACUUUCUGGAUAUCCUUUACUAAGUCCAAUUGCCAGCCACAUCCGCAAUGCCCACUCUAUCUUAUCGUCCAUUUGCAAAGAUGGAGUCAUUAUUCCUGGGAUGACCUCCCUGCCUCCAGAUCUGGAUUCUUCUGGAAUAGGUCCAGAUAUCCCCGACCAGAUGGGACCAUAUCAGCAACCCACAACCUCGUCAACUGCGAUUUCAUCAUACAGCCCUAGCAUCAGGCUGCAUUCCGUUUCGCUUUCAUCGGCCUCAUUGCUGGUUCAGAUCCCUCGGCCUUACAGCAAGAUGUACAUCCUGGUGCAGUACAACCACAGCUAUGUGUCGGAUAUUAUGAACCUAAAGAAAAAGAAAGAGAUAGUCACACUCAGCACACUGAAACCCCACACAGAUUAUACCUUCUGUGUAGCCUCAAUUCGUAACUCACAGCGCUACAACCACACUUGUUUGAAUUUUGCCACAAGAUCUCCUGGACCUGAUGAUCUGCGUGCUGGGCCGUCGACCACCACUCACUACAUAAUGACCAUUCUGGGCUGUCUGUUCGGCAUGGUCAUCGUGUUGGGUUUGGUGUACUACUGCCUACGCAGGCGGCGGAUUCAGGAGGAGAAAGAGAACUCUAUAAGUGUCAAGAAAACUAUCUUAGAAAUGCGGUAUGGUCCUGAGGCAGCAGCUGCAGCUGCCAAAGACCCCUCAGUUUUGCAAAAACUCCAAGAACAAGUACACCAUCAGCAUUACCACAGCAAGUUGUCCCAAUCCACUUCCUCUAGCAUGGGAAUGCUCCACAGUUCUGCCAACACCAGCUCCUCCCGGCUCUCGACACUUCCCCAGGCCGACAAGAUGGCCACCGCUUUCUCGGAGGCCAUGACCAGCAGUAAGGGGAAUUACAUGGAUGUGCGAGGGGAGGAACGUUUAAAGGAUGGAGCUAUGCCAGUUUCAGAGGAUGAGAUAAGGAGGGACGUAAACGGAAUAGAUGCAGGAGAGGACUCGGAUGACGGUGGCCGAGGAUCAACAUCCGAAAUCUCUACCAUUGCAAAGGAGGUGGACAAAGUGAACCAGAUCAUCAACAACUGCAUAGAUGCGCUAAAGCUGGACUCCGGAGUUGCUGCCACCGCAGCCAUAAACUCCUCCUCUCCACCUCAGUGUAGUACCUCCUCCUCCAGAGGACUCAUCCCACUUUCUCCAACAGACACAUGCCCAAUCAUGUCUUCUCCUAAAAUCCCCCAUCUACCCCCUGUGCCUCUAGUCAUGCCUCUGUCGGAGAGACCUGGAAUCAGUGGAGGUGGUUUUCUAUCCCCACCCUACAGGGACCCACCUCCUGUUACAGCAGCACGGCCUCUACAGCGGCAACUGAGUGCUGAUGCAGCUGUUGUCGCUCUCAACGUGAAGAAUCGCUGCGGUGUCUCCUCUGGAGCACCCAGUAAAAAUGCUAGGGUCUUUAGCCUGGACGUUCCUGAGCCUCGGAGUCCAGAUUCCUGCAAGUUUCCAGAAAAAGGCAGUCCUCUUCGGUGCGGGGAGCCCCUCGAUAGGCUCCCUCUGGUGGGGGCGCAAGGGGGCAGUAAUAGCAGAGGAGAAGGUGGCAACGGGGGAGGAGGAGGAGCCGGUGGUGGCAGUGGUGGUUCGGGUGGAUGUGGUGGUGUAGUUCCAGCUCAACAGCACCUCCUGGAGGUGCACCCAGACUACCACUGCUCAGAGCACCGACACUCCUUCCCCGCUCUCUACUAUGAGGGUGCCGCCGACUCCCCUGCCCAGAAAGCUUCUUUCCUAAAGCCCCUCUCUCGCACCAAGAGGGACGCUGCCUAUUCCCAGCUCUCGCCACGGCACCACAACUACUCGGGAUACUCGUCCAGCCCCGAGUACUCGUCCGAGACCACUCUGAAGAUCUGGGAGCGUUUUCGUCCUUAUAAAAAGAGCCCUCGUCAGGACGCCUACAUAGCAGCCGGACACGCGCUUCGGAAGAAGGUGCAGUUUGCGAAGGAUGAGGACUUGCAUGACAUUCUUGACUUUUGGAAAGGGGUAUCUGCACAACAGAAACUGUAAGUCGACGGAGAGGCACUACGGCACACGGCUGCAGAGAAGAGGAAAGCGAUUCUUGAGAAAGCUAAGUACUUUGGUCUUCGAGUGCAUCCACAGAGACGAGCGUUUGAGUGAAAUCUGGAUUACACACAGUAUCAUGAAAAAAAGUGUCGGAAAAGAAAAGAUCAUCAAGUGAUAAAAAUUGCAGAGGAAAUCUGGUGCUUAAGGAGAGUUCAGAAUGACCUAAUUUCAUUGCUGAAAUUGUUUAUUUGUGUUGUCUGCAAUCAUUCCAAUUUAAUUCAAAAAGGAAAACAUACGCAAAGAAGUGAUUAGCGGUAUUUGUGCUAUCUCGACUAAGUUUAGGGACAACAGUAAGGCAUGGUUAUUUCGUUAAUUGUUCUCAGCUUUAAGUGAAAAGAUAAAUAACAGGUUUGACUAUAGCACAAAGCAAAUUCUGAAGACCCUGCUCCUUCUCUUUACCCGCUCUAUUCAGUCUAAGCAUGCUCAUCGAUUCGUGACAUCUACACAUGUUCCUCCCAGUGCAGUGGGCUUGCUUUUUCAAUGCACAGGCAGAGAAUUGCUUAUACUUUACAUUCAGGAAGCAUAACAGCUCAUAUUGAAGCUGUUCUUUAUCUAUCUAUUUAUUUAUUUAUUUAUUUAUUUAUUUAUUUAUCCUCUCUUGUAGCACAGCCAGGUCUAAUUUAUUACGUUCCAGAUUUUGCCUGGGAGAUUUGCUGUUCAUUUGUGAUUCCGGAAAACGCUACCAAAACGUAAGAGGACUGUCGGGGGAUUUGAGCGAACAAAAAUGAAAUUAAAAAGAGGAUUUGGGGCGUGACGGCGCUCCGUCAGAAGAGGCACGGGCUCUUUAAGAAACAGCAGCCUUGGAUUUGUACAGUUGUACAUCGUAACACAGAUACUUAUGCUAAUGCAAAUGCUAUGUUUUUGUCAUUACUCUGACGUGUGUUAUUUCCAGUUAGUUCUGUGAUGAAUGAUGCAGACGAUGGAUGCUUAUCUAACGUAGUCUUACUCUUUUAAUUGGAACGAGAUUGAAAAACUAGUCGUGAAUAUCGUUUAACUUGAUUGUCCGGGCGCAGUAAGUCGAAGAGAUUUACUAACGUUAUCUAAGGGUUUUUUAUAAUAAGUAUUUCAAUGACCCAGCAUGAUCGAUUACAUUUUCUUCUCUUCCUGCAUUCCUUCUAAUCCUAUAGCGACUUACACUAUCUCUACUCGGAAUUUUUUAAAAUCGGGCACUGUUAUAUGGAAUACCGGGAGAACCUUAUCCAUACCCUUUCAAAAGGUAAGGUGUUACUUUGUGAAAGUGCUGAUAUUAACACUGCCACACUCAACAUGUGAUUGGAAUUAAUUGUGCAUGGUCCAGUGAGGUCAUUACCCAUAAUGCACCCCUGGAGUUGCCAACUGAUCCCUGGACGACAGAAACGCCAGGAGACCAGAAGGCAUUAAUGAAUUGGAUAAGUGAAUAAAAUCAGAGCCGAUUUGAACUCUGUGGCCGGUCAAAGUCAUACAAUAAGCUUCCUGACAUGAACUCGGUUUGCUAGUGCAGGAAUUCGUAACGCUAGCUCGCUUAUUAGUGUAGUUGUGCUGGAAAAUAUAAGAUUUCUGUAUUUCUAUACAUCGGACAGUGAACUCGGUGUGGCAUCAAGUUUCGGCCUGGUUAAUUACCUUACGUUGACCCCUUUGGCAAGUGUGUUCAGGGCGUCUGGCACUUAGGACGGACUGUGAUAUGUCCACAGAUGGAUAAGGAUCAAUAUGGUGUGAUUGAGAGUUGACGCAGAACAGCCAGAAUUCCCGUGAGCUCCAUUUCUAAAUGAAAUUCAUAUUAGAGAGUCUACAGUAUGGGUCAAGUUUUGGAGUCAUAUUUUUUUACCUUAAACAAGUUUCUGUAAUUGGAUAUAAGACCUGACUGGAGUUACAUUUCCUGUGAGAGCUCUCACAUCAGAGUUAAUAAGACUUAAUCCAAGCAUUAAUGCACACGCUUAGCAGAUUAAAAGGACUGCAUUCAUUUUCCCUUUUACGGUUAAAUAGAUCAUCUCGUAUAUAUAUGUGCCGGUAUGAUUAAUGCUGCCACAGUAAGAUUUUUAUACGAUUAUAGCUCAUUGUAGAUUCUCGAGUCAGGUCAUUACCCAGAAUGCGCUUCUGGAUGGAGGAAAUGACGCCACAGAGAUAGGAAUCGCUCUGCGUUUGCGUAAGGACCCCGAUACACCAACCCCACUGACCGUAUGGGGAAAAGGCAGGACGAGAGGUGAAAGUCGCUGUGCACGACCAUUCAGCAUCCGUCUGAAGAUUACUAACAGUUCCGCCACCAGGAGGGGGCAGUCUUCUGCAUUCAUUAUCAUCUUCGAAACAUAGAAAGAAUAAACCUCUUCCAAAGCCCAUAAAUAAUGCUGCACUAGAUAUCAUAGCAGCUAGCAACCCUUUCAGUGUGAUGGUAGACAUAGCCAGUCAUUUUUACAUCACCAUGCAUGUGUUUAUACACUCUGCUCCUCCUACACGGAGGGCGUGUCUGUACUCGAGUCUGCGCCAGGACUGAUUCCGAGCUCGUUUUGGAGGUGGGGCUCAGAAUCACAGGUUUUCUUUUUUUAAGAUCACGGUCCGUCAUCGCACAGGAAUUCCUGCAACUAAGGAGAAGUUUUUCACCACGUUCUCAGUGCACUCACACCACUUGAAACUCGAAACAGGAAGUCAAACCGAUCACGUUGCUCAAUGUGGAGUGCUGAGAGUGGAUAACUUCCACGCCAGCUUAUCCGGGUCCGGGUCGCAGGGGCAGCAGUCUAAGUAGAGAUACCCAGACCUCCUUCUCCCUAGCCACCUCCUCCAGUUCGUCCAUGGGGAUAUCCAGGUGAUCCCAGGGAACGUCUCCCAGUUGGACGUGCCAGAAAGCUUCCGGAUUGAGCGGCAGUCGAAGGCAGAGGCCUUGGCAGACCAAUCCCAGCUUUCACAUCAUAUGUUUUUUGUUUAAAACAGCUUUCUUGGUGUUUUCUUGCUUUUCUCAUGUCACUUCCUCAUUACCUCCAUUUGCUCAUUUAUCCAGCAGCUGAGGUUUAACUUUGAGUCUAGGUUAAAGGCGGGCAGUUUGGCGAUUCUGGGAUUUGACCUCACACCCUCAAGACUUUCCCAUCAAAUAGCUCAGUCUUAACCGCCGAGCCACCACUUCCUGCACUGAACAGCCAAUCAGAGCGCUCACUCACUCAGCAGUACGGGUGCUAACGAGAUACACUCUUUUUAAACGAUGGCUUGGUGUGUCAGGGUGCUUCACUUAAAAUAGUCCAUUUACAACAACGGCUUCAUUAUUAAAACGUCAACUUCUAGCAAACCCAGUGAAAACAAACCCAGUGAAAACAAACCCAGUGAAAAACUGAUACGCUGCUGGUUCGAAGCUAACGUUCAGAUCAUCUGCUAAGCCAAAUCUGAUCAAACCCCAACGUUCCUACGAUGUAAAUUAAUGUAACAGGUCAGGUUGACAAGCUACCGGAUGCUAACUGUGACACAAAAUUAAAGAACAAUCUACUUCAUACAGUGAGAACACACACACACACACACACACACACACACACACACACACACACACACAAACUCGAUGCAGAUACUUUUGUACAAACCUCAUGUCUUAUAGAUGAUGUUUACAGAGACUUGUGGUCUUAAGUGCUUCUUUGGAACGCGGAUCUUAGAGAGAGGAGUACCAAACACUGACAAAACUCAACCCGUUCAUUUACCAAUUGACUUAUUUGUAUUUUUAUUGAUUUAUUUAUUCAUAUACCUGUUAAGCUAUUUGAGUAAUUCUGUAUUUGUUGCUCUUCUUAAUUUAAGGAUCUGAUUGUGAAACACUUAAAGAAAAUGUCUGGGAUUUUUUUUUCUUUUUCACCCCAUAAUGCCCUCCUGAUUGACGUUAAAUACGAGUAAUAAUAAUAAUAAUAAUUAAAUAUUACAUAUUAAACUGUUCAUGCACGAA